AUGAAGACCAUUCUGGCAAGUCAGACUGUUUCAAUACCUGAAAAUGGUAUGAUAAGAGAGUACUUGUUUUGGUGUCUUUUUAAACUGAUGUAUCUGUCUCUGGUAACAAUCAUUUUAUAUUGCUUCCUUAACCCAUUUGCCCCUGAACUGCCCAAAACUGUUGGUGUGAAUCCACUCUUGUGCAGCUUGUGACAUUAUCAGUUUUAAUGGUCAAGACAACCUUGUCAUCUAACUUGUGCAGGGGUUGGGGAAGAGGUCUCUCAAAGCAUGCCAGAAUGAACACUAUGAAAAAGGGGAAAAAAAUGUAGACCCAAAAGGUCUGUUGAAAAUUUGGUUUGACUACCCACCACAGUCUGCCCUUCAUUCCAUCUAAUCCUAGAUCCUUAAAAGCUUUCCCAUAAAAUAUUUUCUCCAUGGAAAUGGAGCCUAGUUAACGCCCAGCUAAAGAAACAAACUGGGCCAGAAAAGCUAGUGAAAAAAGGGAAGAGAGAAAGAGAAAGGUAAAGCUGAAACUGCUGUGUGCUGUAUCGCUUUUAAACCCAAAACUAUCGGGAAGAAAGGGAACCCAAAUUUCCAUUUGGAAUAUUCCGUCCAGAAAAACAGGACUACCUUUUUGGAUGUUCCAUUUCUCCCAGAAAUUUUCCGCUGGAACGACCCCAAAAGUCAUGUUCCAUUAUUUUGCUUCCCAACUGGAUUUUCUGGAAACUUUUUCUAGAUUUUAAAAACCCAAGUGUUGCUCAUGUUUAUUAUGUUAUUUGCAUGUACAGUAAGUAUCAAGCUGAAUGGCCGUGAAGUAACGGUCAAAGGGCCUCGUGGCACUCUUGUCAGAAACUUCAGACACCUGAAGUUAGAGCUGACACUUAUUGGUAAGAAGAAGGUACGAGUCGAUGUUUGGUUUGCAAGCCGUAAAGAGUUGGCUUGUGUCAAGACCAUCUGCACUCAUAUUGAGAAUAUGAUCAAGGGAGUCAUAUAUGUAAGUUCAAUUCAUCUCAACUCUAAACCAAUUAUUUUCUAUUUAAAAAAAUGUCUAUUUUGGUGAAAAUGUAUAAUUUAUAGAAACAGUGGUUUUACAUGUGUAUACAUGGUUUAGUUGCAUGUAAUUGCCAUCUCAUUGAUCACAAAAUAACUAUUGUUAGGGUCAAAUGAUGGACUACUAAUGUAACUUCUGGGCAUGUGCUAUCUUAACUGGUUUGUGUGUGGUACUGUAAAAUUCUUAAAAUAAGCCCAGGAGCUUAUAUUUUUCAAAGCCCCUUUGUGAGGGGCUUAUUUUUGGAGGGGCUUAUGUUCGGAGGGGUUUCUCUAUGGAGGCAAAUUUGCAUUUCAAAAUCAGUUGGGCUAGCCUUAUAGUUGGAAGGAAAUUUACCGCUUUUGCUUUGUUUUACUUUGUAUUUGAGGGCAAUUUCAGUACAAGUACAAGUCCCUGGGGGGCUUAUAUCUGAAGGGGCUAUUUAAUGGAGGGUGUUUUGCGUUACGAGUUUGGGGGGCUUAUAUUUGGAGGGCCUCCUAGGGCCCCUAUUUUUCUAGCCUCCAAACAGGCUCUCUGUUUGGGGAAAGGGUGAAAAAAUCGCGAGUAGAGGGAAGAGAAAGGGGGAGAGCCUGAUCACGGGUUACUAUAUUUCAGGAGAAAGGACCCUGUGGGCUCACUUAAUUUUUUAGCUCACUACUUUUAUCCAAAGACUUUACUUCAUUUGAUUUCCUAAAGAUUGGCAUGCCACUACCUUUUUAUCUUAAUGUCUAUUCAAAUUGAGAAGUGCAUUUCAUGAAAUUUGAUGUGGUGGUGAGCUGGACUGUUGGGUUCAAACCUUGGCCUAACCACCAUGAACUAGGGUUGUUAAAAACUGGUAAGAGCAUGUUGGUUGUCCUGAAGGUCAUAUAAUUAUAUCAGUUCAGAUGAUUGCAUCAAUCCUUUGGCAAUGAUGUUAAGCCAUUGGCUUUUCCUCCUUCACCCUUCCUUUAUCAGUGGGAAUCCACACAACUGUUCAAGAAAAGUAUGGGAAGUUUCCCUGGCAAUGUUGGCUUUUCAAGAAGCAAUCUGAGAUAGGUGCCUAGAUUUCAGAUUUGGAAUCUGAACAUAGACUGAUUAAGAGGACUGUGAAUUGAAUUGUCCUCUCAUUUCUGACUGGUUUAAACAUGUUUAGGGUUUCAGAUACAAAAUGAAGGCAGUGUAUGCUCACUUCCCCAUCAACAUUGCUGUCUCAGAAAAUGGUACCCUGGUAGAGGUACGUAACUUCUUGGGUGAGAAAUAUGUGAGACGAGUGAGGAUGAGACCUGGAGUGACUUGUGCCAACUCAACUGUGAAAGAUGAAAUUGUCUUGGAAGGCAAUGACAUUGAGCUGGUUUCAAAUUCAGGUAGGUAACUAACUUGCACAUUAAUCACCAUGCUACCCUUCCCGUGAAAGAAAGUUUUUCAUAUCUUUUUUACUUUUUUCCUUCAUAUUGGUGAUCAGUUUGCAGGUAAAUCCUACACCUUCCAUGUUCAAUUUUAAGUUUUUUCUGACCUUGCUGGACAUAUGCUCUUUCAAUAAGGAAAUAUUAUCCUUCAAUGCAAUUUUUUUCCUUUUCAUUGGCCAACAGCCCACCACUUGACCUGCAGAUAACUGCCUACAAAUAAUUGUCUGCUUAUUUGCAAUGUCGUCCAACCGUGGCUGCAAAUAAUGUUACGAAAUAUUCGCAAAGCAGCAUGUAUAUUAAUCCUUUUUUGUCUAACCAACAUCCCUAUAACAAAAUCUCGCUUGAGUCUAAGUAACACAGAAAUCCUAUGUGUGGAACUUGUAAAAUUCUAACUUUUCUUGGCUUUUGUUUAUAACUCUUAUGAUUGGUCGCAAUCCUUUUACAGAAAAAAAAAAACACCUUUAAAAGUGGAGUUUCAAUACAUUUUAUUUCGUAAACUGCCUUUUUGUAGGUUUAUGCAUUCUCUGUGUGAAACGCCAUAACAAAAGAAAUGGCUUCAAGUCUUACCCACAUCAUUACUUAAAAAACAAACGCGGAUAAUAGGCCCUUUGCAGCUAGCCAUUCAAGUGGUACAAAACCGCCACGCUGGAGAGCAAAAGUCGCACUGGGACAAGACAAACACAGAAAAUUACCAUUUGAAAUUAUGUAUGUCUUUUGUUUGUCUUGUCCCAGGGCGACUUUUGCUCUCCAGCGUGGCGGUUUUGUACCACGUGAAUGGCUAGCUGCAAAGGGCCUAUUAUUUGCAGCUCUGGUCUGCCACCCAGGGCUUUCUUGUUCGUCUUGUAAUCUUUGCUUGCAUUAAUGAUUUUGUUCGUCCGUGGAUGGAUUUCAUAAGAUGUCAUUUACCAUUUUGAUACUGAAAAUUAUUUGCGACUCUGACUGUUAUUUCUUGUUGUCGUUAUUUGCAGCGGCUUUGAUCAAGCAAUCGACCACAGUCAAGAACAAAGAUAUCCGUAUGUUCUUAGACGGUGUCUAUGUGUCUGAAAAAACAACUGUUGUGCCCAUGGAUUAA